CAAUUACCAACUUAAAAUCAAAAUGAACAAACCAAAAAAAAGAAAAGGAAAUCAAAUCUCAAUAAAGGCCCAUUUAAAUAAAGGCCCAUCAGACCUUGAAUAUUCCUCUCUAAUUGAUGAUUUAGGGUUUAAAAACUCAUUAACUGAAAAAAAAUCGAAACACAGAAUGACGACGGAAGAGAUGAGCUUCCAGAAAUCAUCACCAGAGUCUCCUCCUCCUCCUCCGACGUCGUUUUCUUCGUUACCGUACGACUUAGUUCUGAAUUGUUUGGCUCGUGUCUCGAGAACCCGUUAUCCAACUCUAUCUCUCGUCUCCAAGGGUUUCCGAUCUCUCAUCGCUUCCCCUGAGCUCGAGGCCACACGAUUCUCCAUGGGAAAAACCGAGGAUUGCAUCUUUGUUUGCUUAAACCUCAAUCAGAACAACCCUAACCCUAACUUGUUCACACUUUCCCCAAUUCCCAAACAACAGGAAUUACUACCCAUCCCUUGGUUUCCUUAUGAUCAACAUCCCAAAUACCCAACCAUUCUUGCAAUUGGUGCAGAGAUUUACAUAAUCGGAGGCUUCCUCAAGAGAACGAGAAGCAAGAGAGUGUUGAUUCUCGAUUGUCUAUCUCAUCAAUGGCGUAGACUCCCAAAAAUGCGUCUAUCUCGAGCUUCUGCUGCCGCGGAUGUAAUCGACGGUAAGAUCUACGUGAUUGGAGGCACAAGGUCCAAGAAUAUCGAGAAUUGGGGAGAGGUUUUUGACCCAAAGACCCAAACUUGGGAGCCAAUAUUGCCCACAACACUUGAUCUCACCGUUCAAAAGAGUGUGGUUCCAGGUAGAUUGGUAAUGGGUGGGAAAGUUUAUGCCAUGGAUGAUUUGUUUCAGCUUAGAUUGCUCAAUGAUGUUUUCUUAGUAGAGAUAGAAAAUGUGUUGUGCCAAAUAUCUCUAGCGUAUGGGUAUCUACUUUGGCGUGAUCCUAAGGCAGAUGGAUCUGAGUGGAGUGACGUUUUGGGACUUACGCUUGAAGAACUGUCCCCGUAUCAACCUUAUUGUGUGGAAAACUCCGGCGGAGAAAGAAGAGUGAAAGUGUGGUGGGAGUCGGUGGUGAAUCGCCGUCAAGGUCGCAGGCGUCGCCGUACUAAUGAAUUUAACACAGAGAUUUGGUGUGCAGAGGUUUCGUUUGAGAGACGAGGUUUAGGAGAGCUUUGGGGAUUCGUUGAAUGGUCUAAAAAUGUGUUUACCUGUGAUGGAUUUGACCCUAACCCUUUUUCUGGUUUAUUUUUGCAAUCAGCUAUUGUCACACAUUGAUCAUUGAGAUUUUAUUUUAGUUUCUUUCGGGUGAAUUUUAUGAUUUGUGGGGAUUUUCUUAGAAUAUUUUUUAUUAUGAUUUUAAGAGAUACUAAUAAACCAAAUUAUAUUGGUGAUUUA